CAGCCUUAUUAAGUAUAGGGGAACAAAUACCAUAGGAAAACUUAAGUCCUAAAUUACCAAAUCCCUAGAUCCUUUAAAAGCUUAAAGUAUCAAAUUCUCAUAUUCCAAACUUUUUAAACACGGAGUUUCUCAGCUUCUCCAUAUGAAGGCGCUACUUUAUUCUGAGAGCUACUUUUACCUCUCUGACAAAAGUAAACAUAUUCUUUGAAUAUGUUAUGUAUCACAUUACAUCCACAAAUCCGUUAGGCUCCGCUGAAUCAACAGGGAGAGAAAGAAAAGGUCUCUCCUACCAUUUACCCAACUUUCUCAUGUUCAGGCCUUGACAGUUCAACAAAGUCUGACUCCUGUCAACGCUCAUAAAAAACAAGAAUGAAUCAGACAAGUAGUGGGAGAUUUCUCCUCCGUUCCUCCUUCAAUCACGGGAAACCUAUAGUGUUCAUGUGUUGUCGUUUAUUAUACGUAUAUAUAUGCUUUCACACACGAACUUAGAGUGUAUAUGAGAAAUCAUACACAUCUAUACGUGCAUUUAAGCUGUAGGGUACGCGCUUAGUGCUACGGCGCAUUUGCUAGUAGCAACGGUCUGCGUUUAUCGACUAACGCGUGUGUUUUGUGGCUAAUGCGAUCCACUGACUCUGAAUACGAGAAUUGACGUGUUUCUUCGUAAACGUUACCAUUGUUAAACAUGAUGGAUGUGCAGAGCCAAUACAAAGUGAUUCCUGCGAGAAGCGAUGGCUGUAAAAAUCAAACACCGCCAACCCUGCUUUCAAGUUUAAGAAGCGUUCUUUUCGUAAUCGGAACGGUAGUGAUUGGAUUCGCUGCAUUCUGCAACUCACUAACAUGGCAUUUGCAGAGAUUCUGGGGAGCAUCUGGAGAUUUCUGGCAAGCACAAUGGGACAAAAUUUUAGAUAAAUUGGGAGAUGAUCCUGUAACCCUUUGGGUUUAUGGAUCGUUGGGACUGACGUUUGUCGUGUACUGGUUGUUCGGUGGUAUUUAUACGAUCCUAGACAUAACCAAUCGACCAGCAGCUUUGAGAAGAUACAAAAUACAGCCGGGCACGAAUGAGCCCGUCGACACAAGGGAAUUGUGUAAAGUAAUCGCUCAAGUACUGUUCAAUCAGAUCAUUGUUGGACUUCCUCUGGCAUACGUCAGUUAUCACUUUAUGGAAUGGCGCGGUUAUCCCCCUGUACGCGAAUUGCCGACCUUCCACUGGGUGCUCGUUGAAAUCGCCAUUCAUAUAUUGUGCGAGGAAAUUGGAUUUUAUUACUCGCACAGAUUCCUGCAUAGCCGCUAUUUGUAUAAAUAUAUACACAAACAGCACCAUGAAUGGACAGCCCCUAUAGCUGUAACGUCGCUGUAUUGCCAUCCUUUAGAACAUAUUGGAUCAAAUCUGCUGCCACCAUUUUUGGGAGUAUUCAUUGUAGGUUCUCACGUGGCUACAGCUUGGCUUUGGUUCUCCCUUGCUAUUCUUUCCACGUUAAAUGCUCAUUCUGGAUAUCACUUGCCAUUCUUUCCAUCUCCAGAAGCUCAUGAUUUCCACCAUCUAAAAUUCAACCAGUGUUACGGUGUUUUAGGAGUGUUAGACCGUAUUCACGGAACAGAUACACAGUUUCGUAAUUCUAGAGCUUAUCAGCGACAUGUAAUAAUGCUUAGCUUAGUACCACCAAGAGAAGCUUUUCCGGAUCAAGCUAAAUAUAAAUCUAAAUAAAAAAGUUUUGUUGAGUGCCAUCAUUAAAUAUGAAAGUUCGUUGUGAAACUAUAUUUAGUAUAAAAAUGCAAGUAUAAAAUACUUCAGGGUUUUAAAUACUUUCUUCGUUUGUAUUAUUUUUCAUCGAAAGCGGUUAAUACGCCGCUAAAAUUUCAUCUAUGUAACUCAACCGAAGAUCAAUUUUUCGUAUGUUUUUCUAUUUUCACGAACAAAUUUUUUCUUUGUAUAUACGAGAACCGUAUAUUUUAAAAUAAUUUCGUACUAUGUGUAACCUCCGUUAAUAUAAACACGAUUAUGGUGUGGUCGUAAUAUGAUAUUAUUGUUAAAGACUGUUCGUUUUUUGUACAAUAUCGUACUCAAUUUAAUGGUAUUACAGUAUUUUUAAGAAUCUAUAGACGGAAUCCAAUGUUCCAUCUUAAAGAAGGGAACAAACAUUACUUUAAAUUAAUUUAUUAUAUGUUAUUAGUUUAUUUUAUUAUUAAAUAAAAACUUUUACGUA